AUGUCUGAAAGAGGAAAGAUGAAGUCUGAACCAAUGAAAGUUGUGUUCAUUAACACACAGUACGUUGAGACAGAUGGAGGUAAUAGAAUCGGUGAAGAUACCAAACGUCCCUACGAAGGUGGAGGAGGAGUGGGGACGACGACGGAGUUUGAUAGGUUUUUCAAGGAGAUGCCACACAUGGAGGAAUUGUAUAAGCUAUGGUCUGAUAAUUGA